AUGGAGACGACAAUCCAACCUCUACCACCACUGACCCUCCCUGCAAGAGAAGAAAGACGGGGUCCAGAAGGAUUCAGACCUCCACAACCGAGAAGAAUGGAGCAGUUUGGAGGUUCAGAAGUUAAUGGCUCAGCAUUUUCGGUUCCCGCGAAAGGAGGAGGAUUUGGAGCAUUCAAUGUUCCUCUACCGAUUCCUCCUCAUUUAGAAUCUACCAGAUCGUUCGGCGAAAUGCCUCUACCAAUGCACUUUGGAAUUGCAAACGACCCGAAGUUUCUGCCACCCCUUCACCAUCAGGGUCCAGGCGGAUUCCAAAAGCCGUUACCACCCAUGACGUUGUCUCCCAUGAAUCAGUCUGGGGCGGAAAAUCCAACCAAUGCUCCACUCAAAGUUCGGAUCAAGAUGCCACCAGUAGUAGCUCUUCCAGAUUUAAGAGCCCCAGAAGAAGAUCCUGAUAUUCUAAUCAUUGAACCCACACCUAAAUCAAAUCCGGUGCACAAGACUGCACUUCAAAGAGUUUUGGAAGAAACCAAUAACGUACCGGAAACUAAAGAGUUACUGCCGAUUCUUCUCCACCGCGUUCCUGAAUCCAAAACCCAUGCAAUGAAAUUCAAAACGACAUGUGACGCGUUUGUUACCAGUCAACCAUUACCGGAAGAUCCGAGUUUUCAGAAUACCGUAGUCAGAAAUAGAGAAGCCAUUAGAGAAAAUGAGACGGCGAUUUCACGUGGUCCGAGUGUUCUUCUAGAUGCUCUUCGUCUCCCACCAUCAACACCUUCAACUAUCCAUCGGCUGCCUUCGACCCUGCGAUCCACAGAUGCCAACAACAACAAGAAAGGGCAUCAAAAAUUAUUAUACAAAGAGAUGAGAUACCUCCGCACAUCCAUCACCCAACUUCAACAAAAGGUUCAAAUUCAAUCCAUAUCACACAUAAAAGAAAAGGAAGCGUGGGAAGAAAGCGACAAACAGAAAAGUCUUGCUAUCGAAGUCGCACUCAACAAAAUCUCCAAGCUGGAAGCCGACAACAAGGCUUUGCAGUAUUUCAACAAGGAAUUGAAGCAGAAGAUCGAGAAUCAGAAAAGUGACGAAGCAAGUUUAAAGAGAAAGAGUAUAAAUGAUGUGGCGGAUAGUUUGUUGAAGAAGAAGAGGGAGACGAAGAGUCCAGAGGAGAAGGAAGAAGCAGAGGUCAUCAAGACGUUCUUGGCUUCUCAAACGAAUCCCUUUAAGAAUGACAAAUCAUCGGAAACAGUUACCUCGUUGAAGGACAUUCCUCCCGUUUUCCCUCUGAUCCUUCCUAACCUAAUUUUAGUACCUGAAGGACCUAUACCUGGCUAUUCUGAAAAACAUCUCAAAAAACUGCAUGCCGCUCAGAAGAGGUGCUUCUACGCUCCGGCCUACAAGUAUCCGAAUAUUGCAAAGAAGUAUCUGUUCUGGUAUAAUCGGAUUCUGGGUCUACCCCAGGUUUGUGAGAAGGCCCCAAACGUCCAUGAGAUCCGAACGCAGCUUCUUGAAGAGUCGGUGGUUCUUCUAGAGCAGUGGCCGUCUACGAGGAUAGAUUCAGAAGCCAGAAUGAUGAAGGCUUUGAUAGAUGAAGAGUAUGAGGAACAACUGAGAAAGGGAUGGGUUUGUGAUCCGAGUAGCUGA